CACUCAUGGCUGAGGUGUAGGGGGACAGUUAAUGAUUAUUUGCCCCUGUUUUCCCGUCCACUGCGUUUCCUAUUUGGAUUGACUGCCGCGUCAGAGCGCGCAGACCCACCUCCGGGUUGUUUUCGGUGCGUCGCUCUAUCCCUGCUUCAAACACAAAGUCCACAGGGAGAGAGAGAGAGCAAGACCUGUGAGGAGCGGAACGAACGACCAGAAAAAAGGCGAACGACAAAUGGCACUCAUGGCUGGGAUUUUGUUUACGGCGACCUCUGUGCUGCUUGGGAUUUCUACGUGUGUUUCUUCGGCACGGAUUUACCCCCCAAACGAAGUGACGUUACUGGACUCCAGAUCUGUAGCGGGGGAGUUGGGCUGGGUCGCCAACCCAACAGAAGGAGGGUGGGAGGAGGUGAGCAUCAUGGAUGAGAAGAACAUUCCCAUCAGGACGUACCAGGUGUGUAAUGUGAUGGAACCCAACCAGAACAACUGGCUUAGAACCGACUGGAUCCCCCGGGGUGGCGCCCAGCGUGUCUACAUCGAAAUCAAGUUCACCCUGCGCGACUGUAACAGCCUCCCUGGCGUCAUGGGAACCUGCAAGGAGACCUUCAACCUCUACUACUACGAAUCCAACAAUGACAAGGAGCGUUACAUCCGAGAGAACCAGUUUGGCAAGAUCGACACGGUGGCGGCUGACGAGAGCUUCACCCAGGUGGACAUCGGAGACCGCAUCAUGAAGCUGAACACGGAGGUCAGGGACGUGGGAGCCUUGACCCGGAAGGGUUUCUACCUGGCCUUCCAGGACGUGGGAGCCUGCAUCGCCCUGGUGUCUGUCAGGGUGUUCUAUAAGAAGUGUCCCCUGGCUGUGAGGAACCUGGCCCAGUUCCCUGACACCAUCACCGGGGCCGACACCUCCUCACUGGUGGAAGUCCGAGGAUCCUGCGUGGAUAAUUCAGAGGAGCGUGACGUUCCCAAAAUGUACUGUGGGGCGGACGGAGAGUGGCUGGUGCCCAUCGGGAACUGCCUGUGUAACCCGGGAUUCGAGGAGAGGAACGCUGAAUGCCAGGCCUGUAAGAUUGGCUACUACCGUGCCCUGGCCACAGACGGAGCCUGCUCCAAGUGUCCUCUCCACAGCUACUCUGUCAGAGAGGGAUCCACAUCCUGUGCCUGCGAUAAGGACUACUUCCGCUCUGAGACUGACCCUGCAUCCAUGCCCUGCACCAGACCCCCGACGGCGCCGCUCCACCUCAUCUCCAACGUCAAUGAGACGUCGGUCAACCUGGAGUGGAGCACCCCUCUCUCCUCUGGCGGACGCCAGGACCUCAGCUACAACGUGGUGUGUAAACGUUGCGGGCCCGAGGGGACACGGUGUCAGCCCUGUGGGAACGGGGUCCACUUCAGCCCCCAGCAGCUGAGCCUCAGGGCCACCAAGGUGUCUAUCAAUGACCUGCAGGCUCACACCAACUACACCUUUGAAGUCUGGGCUGUUAACGGGGUCUCCCAGCAGAGCCCUGGACCUGAGCAGGCCGUGUCGGUGACGGUCACCACCAACCAGGCCGCCCCGUCUCCCGUCAACUCCAUCCAGGCCAAAGACAUUACCAGACACACCAUCUCCCUGGCCUGGCAGCAGCCUGAGAAAGCCAACGGGGUCAUCCUGGAGUACGAGGUCAAAUACUACGAGAAGGACCAGAAUGAGAGGAGUUAUCGCAUCAUCAAGACGUCGUCUAGGAACACUGACAUCAAAGGCCUGACCCCUCUGACCUCCUACGUGUUCCACGUGCGCGCUCGCACCGCCGCCGGCUACGGAGAGUUCAGCGCUCCCUUCGAGUUCAUGACAAACUCUGUUCCAGCUCCUAUCAUCGGAGAUGGGACUAACUCCACAGUGUUGCUGGUGUCUGUGGUGGGCAGUGUUGUUCUCCUCCUCAUCCUCAUCAGUGCCUUCGUCAUCAGCAGGAGAAGGAGUAAGUACAGCAAGGCCAAGCAGGAUGCUGAUGAAGAGAAACACCUACACCAAGGAGUGAGGAUAUACGUAGACCCCUUUACCUACGAAGACCCCAACCAGGCUGUCCGAGAGUUUGCCAAGGAGAUCGACGCUUCCUGUAUUAAGAUUGAGAAAGUAAUUGGUAUCGGUGAGUUUGGGGAGGUGUGCAGCGGUCGUCUGAAGAUGCCAGGGAAGAGGGAGAUCUGUGUGGCCAUUAAGACCCUGAAGGCGGGAUACACCGACAAGCAGAGGCGGGACUUCCUGUCUGAGGCCAGCAUCAUGGGCCAAUUCGACCAUCCAAACAUCAUUCACCUGGAGGGAGUGGUCACCAAGUGUAAACCAGUGAUGAUUAUCACAGAGUACAUGGAGAAUGGUUCGCUGGAUGCAUUUCUGAGGAAGAAUGACGGGCGUUUCACGGUGAUCCAGCUGGUGGGCAUCUUGCGUGGCAUCGCGUCGGGCAUGAAGUACCUGUCUGAUAUGAGCUAUGUCCACAGAGACCUGGCUGCACGCAACAUCCUGGUCAACAGCAACCUGGUGUGUAAGGUGUCUGACUUCGGCAUGUCACGAGUACUGGAGGACGACCCCGAGGCUGCAUACACCACCAGGGGAGGGAAGAUCCCCAUUCGCUGGACAGCCCCAGAGGCCAUCGCCUACAGGAAGUUCACCUCGGCCAGCGACGUGUGGAGCUACGGCAUCGUCAUGUGGGAAGUGAUGUCGUAUGGGGAGAGGCCAUAUUGGGACAUGAGUAACCAGGAUGUGAUCAAGGCCAUAGAUGAGGGGUACAGGCUUCCCCCACCCAUGGACUGCCCCGUGGCACUGCACCAGCUGAUGCUGGACUGCUGGCAGAGGGAGAGGGGCGACAGGCCCAAGUUUGGCCAAAUCGUCAACAUGCUGGACAAACUGAUCCGGAACCCCAACAGCCUGAAGAGGACUGGAGGAGAGACCACACGACCCAGUACCACCCUCCUGGAGCCGGUCAGCCCGGAGGUGGCCUCGGCCCUGGGCUCUGUGGAGGACUGGCUGCAGGCCAUCGGCAUGGAGAGAUACAGUGACAACUUCACCGCAGCAGGAUACACCACCCCAGAGGCUGUGGUUCAUAUGACACAGGAGGACAUGGGCCGAAUUGGAAUCUCCUCAGCUUCACACCAGAAUAAAAUCCUGACCAGCGUCCAGGGAAUGCUCUCCCAAAUGCAACAGAUGCAAGGCAGAAUGGUUCCGGUCUGAUCCAGGAGAAGGAAACAACUUAAUUUCUUACGGAUAAUAAAAAUAAAAUAUAAAAAGACAAAUUAACAAUCAAAUUGUUUACCUCAUCCAUGCACUUUAAAUUGGAUUUAAAAGAAGAAGAGAAGAACAAGAAGAAGAAAAGUGGGAAAAAAAUGCACUUUUUAUCAGACAUUAGACCUUGCCCUUUUGAGAACGGGAUAUUUUUCUGUCCAAGCGGCUCUGGGAACGGGAAGGACGGAAAGCUUUUCCGAGAGGCCAACUGGAGUGCCUUCAAUGGUCUGGAAGGAAUUCAGAGGGGAUCGCUCCUCUGGGCAAGAGUAAUGUUUCUGGAAAGUUCUGUCUGGAAUACCCACAGAGCAGGGUUUUGUCCCGUAACUGUGUUCUGUUCUGUGUGUAUGAAUUGUUCUCUGUGACUCGCUGCCAUACCCUCCAUUGUCUUUCUCAGCUGGAUCCAUUCGAACACCAACAGACAAAAUGGAGGAUUCCAACCUCGAGAUAAACACUGAUGUUCUGAAUCUGAGGUUGAGGGAGGGAUGGAUGGAGGAGGGAGGGGAAGGGAGUUCUGUGUUUUGCUCUGUUCUGGUCUUGUUUUGUCCCAGAAUGGGCUGUUUUGUUGCCCUCAGGACAUUAAGCAUUUUUCUCAGAAUGUCUUUGAUCUAAAGAGGUGCAUUCCUACCCCUUGUCCUCCCAAACCACCAUCUCACCCCUCCUCAAACAUUUUAUUUGGAUCAUCUUUCAUCACCCCCUUUGGAUUACAGCCCGUCCCCCUGGGUCUGAUUAUUGCUCUAUGUUCUUUGACGGACAGCUGUUUGGACCAGUUUGAUUCUUACUGUGUAUUUGUUUCCUGAACAUGGAACUGAGAGCAAAGGAGUAUGGGAUUUAUUUGGACACAACUGUGCACUACUGCGGAGAGAUGGAUAUGUAACAAAACAACAACGACAUCAAAAUAAACAAGAGAAAACAUGCUGGACAUUAUUCAAUCAUCAAUCACCAUGCUGCCACCGUCUAUCAUCAACAGGAUUCCUCCCUCUCCCCAUGACCAGAAUUCCUCCUCUUCUCCUUGGAGUCUCCUCUAACUCCAGGAUGAGAAAUUCAUCUCUCCAUGUCUGGCACGUUCGCUGUUCGCCGUCGCUCCGUUUUUCAGAACGGACAAACAGACUAGUGCUCCAUGACCGCCACCAACAGCUUACAGAAACAAUAUGAAUGAUUCAGAAACACUUAAAAAACAUUUUUAAAAAUGUAAUAUAAACUAGACCUUUCUCCAGCGGAUGAUGUACUUGUUUUAUGAAUUUUGAAGUUUAUUUUCCUUUGUGUUUUUGGUUUGCAUGUAAAGUGAGAGUAUGGUAACAGCGAGCAUGUGGUAGUGUGAUGAGUGUGCACCAUGUGUGUUUGAGUGAGUGAGUGAGUGAGUGAGUGUGUGUAUGUGUGUGUGUGUGUAUGUGUGUGUGUGUGUGUAUGUGUGUGUGUUUGUGUCUGUAUGAGUGUCUAUGAUGUCUUCAAAGUAAUAUCAAUAGUUGUCUGUUUUUAUGCUACAGUGGAUGAUGGGGUUUACGGAUUUGUUUUGGAAUUUCAUCAAUUGCUUUGUGUCGACAAAACAAUGUAAAGUGUGCCACUACUCCUGCUCUGUCAAUCCCCUUCAGCAACAAGAGCUUUGACGUUUUCAAUACACCCUUAACUGCAUUGGCUUUAGUAGUGGGAUCCAGUUGAAUAUAUGGACAAUAGCCUCCUGUACUGACAGAAGGACAGACGGACAGUGCGCGGCAUAGGUUCUCUCAUUAGAAAGCAGAGUGGACUCUCCGAGCUGAAGCAAAGACACGGCGGAACCAUCUUUCUGGAUUUUGAGCAGGGGAUGUUUUAAAAGGAUGCACCUAUGUAGUCAACAAGGACUUGAUGCUGGGGAGGUUGAUAAGAAGGGAAAAUCAUUGGUCUCGUUUCAUUUUUAUUUUUUCAGAUAUGCACCAAAUGACAGUCAGGUUUCAUUCAAAGGACUUUUAUUUGUAUUUUUUUAUACAAUCGUUAUAAUCUGAAUGUUUUUCCAAUCAUAUGUGAUGGUUCACAUACUACAGAUUCCUCCAUCCUCCAUUCCAGCCCAGCUCAAUGCUCUUCUCUUUGGUGAAGUUGGGUUUUAAUCCGUCAAGGAACUGUCAUGUGGAAAUAUGCAAGAAAUUUGAGGAAAGGAAAACAGAAUGUACUGUAUAAUACUCUUUCAUUUAGUUCAUGAUGAAACAACCUAACAAAACACAAAUUAAUGUUUGUCAUUGUAUGCAUUCUGAUGCAACAUGACUAGCCAUGUAGAUCUAACAUUCUUUCAAUCUCUUUUUUUAUUUUGUAAUUUUUUGGGGUCAUUCAAUUGAUUUUGUCAAGGAUUUUAGGUAUAUGUAACUUAUGUCAUUAUUUAUGGUCUUUUAUAUCUAGUUUUUAAAAUGAUAGCAAAAGUGAAGAAAAUGAAGGGUUGCCAUAUGGUGCAUUCUUAUUAAAGUAGAAACCAUC